GGGCUCAGCGACCGACCGGACGGGUGACCGGGACGAUGCUGCAGAAGAGUUAAAAAAAAGAUAAUUUUUAUACCUCAGAGGGGAAGCGAGGGGUUUAUUCGCGCUGCCGGAGCCCACCUGUGUGUUUCCAUACCAGUAGAGAAGUUUCGGACCUGCUCAUCGGUCCUCCAUGGCUUUGAUAGCGACCGAGCAGAGCUGCAAGCUGAACGGGACGUACAGCCGCGCGGGGCCGCGGAGGGACGCGCUGCACGGCCCCGCGGGCGGCUCGCAGCCCCGGGACUCGGAGUACUCCACGGACGGGCUCCCCAGAGCCUUCCUGCACAGCCUGCGGACCCUGUUCGACAUCCUGGACGACGGCGGCCGGGGCUACGUCCACAUCUCGGAGAUCGAGAGCCGCUGGCAGGGCGCCGACACCCGGGACCUGCCCGGCGGGGUGCUGGGCUGCCUCCGCCGGGUCACCCCCCCGCACGGCUGCCUCACCUUCGAGCGCUUCGUGGCCGGGCUGCGGUACUCCAUGCUGAACCCGGAGCACAGCUCCCAGCUCAAGGCCCAGGCGGCCGUCCACCCGCAGCAGGCGCCCAAGCUGCCCCACAAGCCCGGGGCGCCGCUGUCCGCGUGCGGCGCGGGGCCCCGGGCGGAGAACAAGGUCCGGCCGCUGGGGCCCAGCAACGUGCCGAACACCCAGCCGCCGCCGCCGCACCGGGCGUCCUCCCUGCAGAGCCGGGAGCCCGCCGGGUACCCCAACUCCUGCGGACCGGCCAGGUACGGCGCGGGCUUCGAGAGGUCCGGCCGGAGUCUGGAGCGGGUCCCUGUCGCCCCGGAGGCUGCCGGCGGGUGCUACCGGGCCGAACCGGGCCAGGCCAGCAAGCCCACCCCGCCCCAGCAGAGCAGGGUCCGCUCCAUCGAGUCUCUCGCUCUGGAGUCUCCGCAGCUCCAGGGACCAAGUGUUGUGAAACCGGGUCUGCCGCGGUCCCAGAGCGAGUCGGCCGGGGUUUCGGGCGGCUCGCGGCGCCACGGGCGGAGUCGGGAGGAGCAGCGGAGGCACACCAUCUCCAACGGAGUGGAUUACGGAAUGCUGAAGCAGAUGAAGGAGCUGGAGCAGGAGAAGGACUCGCUGCUGGCGGGCCUGGAGGUGGUGGAGCGGGCCCGGGACUGGUACCAGGGCCAGAUCCACAACGUGACCGAGCGGCAGCGGCAGGUGGGCCAGAGCUCCCACUGCGCGGAUUUCUUCACAGAAGCCAGUCAGAGUCGUAUGAAUGUUCUCAUUCCCAAACUGCAAGAAGUCAACCGCUGCCUUAACGAGCUGAUCCCUGCCGGGAUGCCGUCGUUUCCCUCCAGCGGCGCUCCGCCCGCGGCGCUCGCCGCCGGCCAGCAGCCUCGGCCCGGCCCCCCCCAGGCCAUCCAGAGGCUGAAGGACCAGAACCGGCUCCUCACGCAGGAGGUGACGGAGCGCAGCGAGCGCAUCGCCCAGCUGGAGCAGGAGAAGUCGGCCCUGAUCAAGCAGCUGUUCGAGGCUCGGGCUCGCAGCGCGCAGGACACCAGCACCUUGGACUCCACCUUCAUCUGAGGACGCCACGUCCGCGUGUCCCCGCAGGUCCCGCUCACCCGGCUGACCUCCGUCAGCCACGAACUCUCUCCACUCCACCCUCAGUCGAAGCAUGCACUACCUGGAGGUCCAGGCCUCCCAGAACAGAAAGCCUCUUUCAGCCGCCGCCGCACUCCCGAUAAGCCG